AGAGUGAACUUUUUCCUGUGCAGCAGUCAGCUACUUUCUGAGCGCAACCCCCUAUCCUUUCAGUAUGCAGACGGCUCGGAAUGGCUACUGACGCCAGCACGCUUGAGGAGCUCCAUAGCGAGCUCACCUGUCCAGUGUGCCUCGAGCUCUUCCGUGAGCCGGUGAUCCUCGAGUGCGGACACCACUUCUGUCGCGUGUGCAUUACGCAGUGCUGGGAGGCCAAGUGCGAUGAACACCCGACCUGCCCGAAGUGCCGAAAGGCAUGCGCUCCGAAGCUGCGCCCCAACUCUCUUCUGUGUAACGUCGUGGACAGCGUGAGGAGAGCUCGAGCCAUGGAUGGGAAACCCGGGGACCAGGAGAGCUCACAGGAGGAUACUGAAGAACGGCAACAGGGGGGCAUUAUGCCCAGCUCCGGGUUCAGUUUCACCGAUUUUUCUCCGCGCCUCGAGUCAGACCUGUGCGAGGAGCACGAGGAGAAGUUGAAGCUAUUCUGUGAGGAUGAUCAGCUUGCGAUCUGCCUGGUGUGCGGGAUGUCCCGAGACCACAAGACGCACAAUGUCAUCCCCAUCAACGAGGCGUUCGAGAACUACAAGGACAAGCUGUCCAUAGCCCUGGAGAGAGUAAUGAUCCAGACUGAACAGGCUUCUCUCUAUCAGGUCCAGACCAACAACAAGAUCAUGCUCAUCAAGGAGCAUGCUGGGGACAUAGAGGAGCAGGUGAGUGCAGAGUUUGGACGCCUGAGGGAGUUCCUUCUCCAGGAGGAGGAGAGAGUGAAGGAGAGACUGCAGCGGGAGAAGGAAAAGAGGCUCAACCAAUUGGAGGAGGUCGUCAAACACACAACAGAGCAAAUUGGCCAGUUAGAGCAAACUGCCGACCAGCUCCGCGUCAAACUCCGAGAGAAUGAGAACCCAGCACAACUCCGGGGAAUCAAGGAUUUUAUCGGAGGAGCGGAGAUUAUGUUUGAGCGACCCCUGGAGGUGUCUGUGGAUCUGCCGGAGGGGGAGUUCCUGGGACCACUGCAGUACCGCACCUGGAGGAGGAUGAACGCUGUCCUUCAGCCAGGUGUGACAGCGGUGACUCUAAACCCAGACACUGCCUACCCCAGGCUGUGGGUGUCCACGUGCUGCACCCAGGUCAGUGUCGGGGACAUCCAGCCCAACCUGCCCAACAACCCUGAGCGCUUCACGCGCUACAACAUUGUCCUGGGAAGCCAGGCCCUCACCUCAGGGCAACACUACUGGGUGGUUGAGGUGGGCACCAAGACGGCCUGGGGGCUGGGGGUGGCGGCCGCCUCGGUCAACAGGAAGGAUGAGAUUAGCCUGUGUCCCGACGACGGCUUCUGGACCCUGGUGUUAAGAGAGGGGCGGGGAGGGAGCGAGUACGAGGCCUGCACCAACCACGAGGAGAGCCUGUUGCACCCCCCUCGACCCCCCAGGAGGGUAGGGGUGUACCUUGACUACGGGAGGGGUGUGGUGGCGUUUUACGACGCAGGGGAUAUGAGUCACCUGUUCACGUUCUCCGACGCCACGUUCACAGAGCCGGUGUUCCCCUACUUCAACCCCUGGCCAAUCAUCAAAGGGAGAAACCGUGACCCUCUUAUUAUUAUUAGCCCGGACCCGGAGGUUUGAGAGACCUGUUAAGAACUGUCAGAGAACACUGAGAACCAAAGACAAGAAAGUAGAACAAUGUAGAGAACCUGUGAGAGAAACUGCAAUGUCAUCAUCCUAUUCACUAAUGUACUAACACUUUACUAUUGUUCACAGUUUUGUCAUUUAUGAACAUUUCCUGUAAAUAUGUUAUGUUUCCAUGGAAUAUAUGGGUGUUUUGUGUUUAAAGAGAGCACAUGCCAGAGGACUCCACAUGGAAAAACGAAUUGAAAAGCACCUUAAACAUGACAUUCUUUCCCUUACAAAAGGACAUGGCCAAAGAAUGAAAUUACAAUUUCGUACUAUAUUUAUAUAAAGUGUAUAUAUAGUAAGGUUACAGUGUUUUACAGUGUAUUUUACAUUUUAAUAACGGGAGUAUAUACAUCGGCAAAUCAGAUCACACCUCCAUUCUGCUCCUCCCCACCUAUAUGCAGAAACUUAAGCAAGAAGCACCUGUGGUAAGGUCUGUUGGUGUGACCAAUCAGAAUCUAUGCUUCAAGAUUGUUUUGAUCACGCAGACUGGAAAAUGUUCCCGGUCGCCUUUGAGAAUAGUAUCGACGUAUACACUUCGGUGACUGGGUUCAUCAGGAAGUGCAUUAAGGAUGUUGUUCCCACUGUGACGAUUAGAACUUAUCCAAACCAAAACCGCGGAUAGAUGGCAGCAUUCGCGCAAAACUGAAGGCGCGAACCACUACAUUUAACCACGACAAGGUGACUGGGUACAUGGACGUGUAUAAAGAGACCAGCUAUGGUCGCAAUUCAACAGCUCAAAGAUGAGAUGAUAAUCACAAAUUAUAAAGGGAAAGCCAGCCACGUCACGGACACCGACACCUCGCUUUCGGACAAGCUAAACACCUUCGCCCGCUUCCAGGAAAACAACAUCGAGCCACUGACGCAGGCCCUUGACGCUCACGGGGACUGUGUGCUCUCGUUCUCCGUGGCCGAUGUGUGUAAGACAUUUAAGCGUUGCCGGCCCAGGUUGCCGGCCCAGACGGCAUCCCAAGCCGUGUUCUCAUAGCAUGUGCAGACAAACUGGCUGGAGUGUUUACAGACAUUACAUCUCUCCAUAUUCCAGUCUGUUGUCCCCACUCUCUUCAAGAUGUCCACCCUUGUUCCUGUACCCAAGAAAGCGAAGGUAACUGAACGAAUUAAAUGACUUGUCGCCCCAUAGCACUCACUUCUGUCAUUGUGAAAUGCUUUGAGAGGCUAGGUAAGGAUCAUAUCACCUUACCCGGCACCCUAGAUCCACUACAAUUCGCCUACCGCCCCAACAGAUCGACGGACGACGCAAUUGCCAUUACACUGCAUACAGCCCUGGACAAGAGAAAUACCCAUGUAAGAAGGCUGUUCAUCGACUACAGCUCAGCCUUCAACACCAUAAUGCCCUCCAAGCUCAUCACUAAGCUCAGAGCCCUGGGUCCCCCCCCGUGCAACUGGAUCCUAGACUUCCUACAGCACCAGGUGUCACAGGAAGGCCAAGAAGAUCAUCAAGAACCUCAGCCACCUGAGCCACGGCCUGUUCACCCCGCUACCGUCUAGAAGGUGGAGACUGUACAGGCGGAUUAAAGCUGGGACCGAGAGACUGAUAAACAGCUUUUAUCUCCAGGCCAUCAGACUGUUAAACAGUCACCAUUAGCCUUAGUCACUGUUCUUGCCAGGUACCACCCAGUACUCCACCCUGCACCUUAGAGACUGCUGCCCUAUGUACAUAGAGUCAUUCAACACUGGUCACUUUAAUAAUGUUUGCAUACUGUUUUACCCACUUCAUAUGUAUAUACUGUAUUCUAGUCAAGGCUCAUCCUAUAUAACUACUGCUGUCCACACCUUUUCUAUUCAUAUACUGUCCAUACUGUCUAUACACACCAUUAUAUACAGUAUAAUGGUGUGUAUAGACACACCAGGCCCACCCAUAGCUGCUCCCCUGCCCAGUCAUGUGAAAUCCAUAGAUUAGGGCCUAAUGAAUUUAUUAAGUGAUUUCCUUAUAUGAAUUGUAACUCAGCAAAAAUGUUGAAAUUGUUGCAUGUUGCGUUUUAUAUUUUUGUUCAGCAUACAUAUAAAGUGGGUUAAACAGUUUGUAAACAUUAUUAAAGUGACCAGUGCUCAAUGACUAUGUACAUAGGGCAGCAGUCUCUAAGGUGCAGGGUAGAGUACCGGGUGGUAGCCAGCUAGUAACAGUGUCUUAGGUUCAUGGCAGGGCCCUGGGCCGGAUGCUGGCUAGUGAUGACUGACAACGUCUAGGAGCGAGUAACAGGGUGACUGUGUCUGUCGGCGUCAUCUUGUGUCAUCGAUAAUAAAAAUGUGUUGCAUUACCUCCACAGUGUAGUCGUUCUACAGAUCGAUCGCACAAAUUGUUGUUCGGGAACAUGCAGAUAUUGAACUGUCUGGCUGCCGUUGGAACUUGACUCUGGUGCAUUAAGACUGUUGUUCUCUUUCAGUCCACUGGAGGGCGUUCAAACAGUGUCCACCCUAUACUUCAUUCUCACGCUGGUGACCACAAAGGAGAAUGAGCUUUAAAAGAUUAAGAGCUGCACUUAAGAAAUCAUUGAUUCAAAUCCAUAAUCCCUGAUCAAUUAUUUUGGGUAGAACUAACAGGUCAGAAAGGGGUUCAGAUUAGUGCAGAGGGUCAAGGUGGGGCUGAGUUACUGAGAGAGAACCACCUGAUCAUGUGUGUCUCUGUGUGUACGGUGUGUGUGAGCAGGAACAGGUGAGUGUGGUGUGUAUUAGCGGGAAGUGUGUGUUGUGUGUUAGGAUUAUAACCCAGACAUUGUUUCAGCCUUCUAUCUCUGACACUUUAAGCUUGAUACGCGAGGAGCUACCAGCCUAUACCACAGUACGAUAUGAAAAAAUAAGAAAUCUGUUAAAUACUUUCAAUAUUUGGUGCUGGACAUGUAUACGCUUGUGUAUUACAUCAUUUAUACAUGUGGUAUUACAAGUCUAUUACAACAUAACACAGGCUAUAUACCCCUGUCUGUGUUUUCAAACAUUGCUGCACGAGGGCGAUGUGCGCAAGUUGGUAUCAGAACAAGUGGAAGUUCUUAUGGAUUAUAAUAGAAUUUUAAGGCUUAUUUGAAUGUCAUGCUUAAUGUUUGUGUCAUCAUUGUAAAUCAACUGCAUAAUACUUAAAAACACUUCAAAUCCAACCAGCCAAAUGGCUCUUGGCUAGCUUUUGCUACAGCCUAUAUCAAUUAGAGUUAGCAUUCUAGCUAACAACUGUUGCAUCCAAAAAAGUUAUUUUGCAAAGAUCACAACGGAAUAUAAUCUUAGCGACCGUUCAAGCGAGAAUCAAAACAUCAUUGUAAGCGUAUGAGAACCCUAAAAAGUUAUUUUAUUUAGAAGUAAUAAAAACAUAAAUCUAGACUAUGUUGAAUGGGCGCAGAUGGCGAUGACUUUCUCUCUGCCGCCAAGAGUCGUGCACAUAAACUCAGCAAAAAAAUAAACGUCCUCUCACUGUCAA